AUGCCAAAACCAACAAAAGAGAAGACGUCCAGUGGCCAUUUGGCGAAGGAUCCCGCCAAAUCGGCGAUAAAGUCGACUAAACAGAGACACGGUCUUCACAGAGAAGAUCUAGAGCAAAGAGAUGAACAGAAAGGAACCGUUCAUCCACGGCUUGUAGAAGAGACACAAGCUCUCUGUGCCCAGGCUGACAACAAGGCCAAAGUACCAAAGCGAAAGCACAGACAUCGGGGGAAUAAACCAUACAAGUCGCAAUGGCUGUCUAGUGAUGAGUCCGAAGAUUCUUCAGACCAAGAGCAGAGUCAAAGGCAUAGCAGACAUCACCACAAGAAGCACCACAAGACGUCUUCACGGGACAAGUCGUCUUCAACGUCUUCGGUUGCUCACCAGUCAAGGAAGGACAAGAAGCGGCCGUCUCCCCCACAUGUUGUGCUGAAGUUACGGCGAGUGGCGUCCUCUCCUCACCCCACAGCCAAGGGGGUAGCCACCACAGGACGGCACAACAAAGAGUACGUCGUAAUACACGGAAAUAAGUCUAAGCCACAAAUAGUUGACCAUGGAGACACUGGUAGGCUGAAGUCUUCCACCUUAGACUUGGGGAAGUCAAGUCUUGAAGUGGGAAAAGACAGCAGACGUCGCAUUUCUUACGAGGAGUAUAAGACAAACCUCAAGAAGUCUGCUAGCCACAAGAGCAAGGUGGUGGCUGCUAGAGCAACUUUCGUACCCUCUGCGACCGCUCACACCUCCGAAGUCUCGGCUGAGACGAAGAGUGACACAAAUGAUCGCUGGAAGCUGAAAGCACGUCCGUUGGGUCAAUCCGAGGAGCAGCGACUAGCAGAAGUCACGGCAAAGAUCCGCGCCCGUACCGGGGCGAUCUGUCCUCUCACGGCGGAGUGGUCACUCAAGAAGAAGCCGCUCUCUCAAACCCGCCCGAUACCGGUCCAACCUCAGAGGGUGAGAGCCAAACAUAAAGUCGGUCCCAAGGAUAGUAAAGGCGAGGAGGUCGCUAAACGUCCAAACUCCCGUCCGUCCUGCGACCCAGAGCCUAAAGCCCGUCGUCAUGGUAACGCCAAUGGGAUCAAACGUGCCGACAUCCGCGGGAAGCAGGUGACGUCACGACCCAAACCUGUGACGUCACAAAGCAAACCUCUGAUGUCACCGCCCACACCUGUGGCGUCCUCGGACAACAACAACAACGCCCAGCUGCGGGUACCAGACGCUGACAGCCCGGCCGCUGAGCCCGCUAAACCCCGUGAACACUCGGUCUGGUCCAGCGACUCCGAGUCAGAGUCGGAGUCAGAUGGCGAGUGCUGGUGCAUGGAGUGUUUCAAGAGCCGCCUUAUGGGCUGGGACGUUCCUCACGCCGACAAGUUUGUCGUCAUGAAACAGGCAAGCUUACGUGAGAAUCAGACAGCCACAGCAACACCGACAGCAGUGUCAGCAGUGGUCACGGCGACAGCAGAGGCCCAGGGUAGUGCCAAGAUAGCAGGAAUGACGUCUGUGUCAUCGGAGAUACCAACUCCUGAAGACAGACAUGCUGCUGCCAUGGCAACGAUGGAAUCAGCUAUUCCAGAGACAGCAUCUGCAGAAACACGGGGUCACGACAGCACCGGAACAGCAGUGUCGGCGCCUUUGCUUAUGCCCGGAGAAGCUAUCCUCUCGGACAGCACUGUGACAAAAACAGUGACGCAACCAAUGUCGCAAGAUGAUCAGAUCACCCUUGAGGAAGCGUUAGCAACCUUAGUGGCGUCAGAAAGAGAGGACAGUCCCAAAACAGCUGGAAAAGUAUCCACAAAACGUAAGACACCAGCCCAGGAAUCCUCAGAAGUGAAGAAGAAUACAGAAGGGACGUCUUCAUCGGGGUCCCAGGAGGAAUGGUUCAGGGUCUUUCUGGAUGGAGCGUUCGGUGACUUCCGCCCGGUGUCUCCAACGGGCUCUCUUCACUCCUCCUUGUUUGGGUCUUCCAAGUCCGAACUUUCACAAGAGGAGACAGGAAGCGCUGGCAACGGGAAGGUCCGCUCAUCAAUAGAAAGCGCACUGAGCAGUGCCUCUAGCGCCCAGUCCAGCAACGACACAGGCGACUCAAACGGCAAAAUGACUGUCUCUAAGAAACGUGUACAAAGCAGCUCAGACACCAGCUCUAGCAAAGGCGGGCGAGACAGUGCCAGUACCACAACGACCUUGGGAUCCCAGGCAAGCAGCGACAAAUCACGUCGCCCUGGCAAAAGGAUUGGUUCAAAGAAACAGGCUCGAAGAAGCUCAGAUACCAGCUCUGACAAAACUGGGCGAGGUUACAGUACCAGCAGUACCACAACGCCCUCAAGCGCCCUGUCUGACAGCGACAAGUCUAGACGUGAUGGACAAAAGUCUGGAUCUAAGAAGCGGGCUCGAAGCAGCUCGUCAGAUACCAGCUGUAGCAAACGUGGCCGAGCCAGUACCGGUACUAGUACCAGUACUUCCACCAACUCUCUGACAAGAAACGACAAGAAGUCUCGUCGUGCUGGCAAAAAGACUGCUCCUAAGAAGCGGGCAAGAAGCAGCUCAGAUGGCAAGAGUGCACGUACCCGAGGCAGGGCCAGCAUCAGUACCUCCUGCCUCCCGCCAAGCAAAAAGAGGCGGACUGCAAACAGCCCAGACAUCAAGCCGUACAAAACCACACGCGCCAAACCGCCAGAUCAGAACAAGCUGAUCUCGAUGUACUACAGCUGCGAGCCCAUCGACUUCUUCGCGCCCGACGAGAAGCGAGACGACGGGGAGGAAGGCUACGAGACGCCGUGGAACUUCGGCGUCACCCCUAACCUCUCGCUGAGCCGCUCCGAGGGCGGGCUGUGGCACUCCUGCAAGCCGGUGAGGAGCCUGAGCAGGCCGCCGCCUCUCCCUCCUCCCCUGUACCGCCCCCGCCCGCCGUGGCUGGAGGACGUGGAGGACAGCCCUCCCCCGACCAGCCCGGGCUCACCGCGCCACCCAGACUACCCGCUUCGGUUCGGGGCCACCGGGAGGAGCAAGCCGACGCGCUUCUACACGACACCAUAUCGCAGAGUCGGAGUUCUCGAGCAUGUCGGCUCCCCGCUACAAUCUACAUCUACGUGCCCCGACCACAUGGUGGCCAGGUAUCAGAACUAUCUCUGGAUCGAGCCUUAUGACUGGAGCGGAACAGACAUGUGUGACAUGUUCGACGCCACAGAACUGCGAUAGGAGACAUGUGCGACAUGUUCGACGCCACAGAACUGCGGUAGGAGACAUGUGUGACAUGUUCGACGCCA